GAAAAGUCUCUCUGCUCUAAGUUCCAUAUUCCGCAGAGUGAGAAAUAAUCCUCUCCUUCUCUCUUAAUUUCUCUCUGAUCUCUCUCUAUUAGCUUAAUGGCAAAAAGGCUAGAUGGGAAAGUGGCAAUCAUCACCGGAGGCGCAAGCGGGAUCGGAGCAAGUGCUGUGCAACUCUUCCAUGAAAACGGCGCCAAGGUUGUCAUAGCCGAUAUUCAGGACACAAUGGGUCAAGCAAUUGCCGAUAAGCUUGGAAAAAAUGUUAGCUACAUCCAUUGUGACGUCACAAAUGAAGACGACAUCUGUAAUCUCAUUGACACCACAAUUUCCAAACACGGACAGCUUGAUAUAAUGUACAACAACGCAGGCAUCGUGGACAUCCCCUUCAUGAAUAUUCUGGAAACCAAGAAAUCGGAUCUAGAGCGAGUUCUCAACGUUAACUUGGUUGGAGGUUUCCUAGGAGCCAAACAUAGCGCAAGGGUGAUGAUUCCGCGGGGUAAAGGCUGCAUACUGUUUACUGCUAGUGCUGCUACAGCAAUUGGAGGGCUUUCAUCUCAUUCUUAUGCAGCGUCCAAAUGUGGAAUUUUGGGCCUUGCAAGGAACUUGGCAGCUGAGCUUGGGCAACAUGGUAUAAGAGUAAAUUGCGUGUCGCCUUAUGGCGUCAUUACUGGUAUGGCUGGAGGUGUCGAUGAAGCUGACGUACCCAAAAUGGAAGCGGUAUUGAGUGAGGUGGGCAAUCUGAAGGGGCAGGUUCUCAAGGCAGAAGGAGUUGCACGGGCAGCACUCUACUUGGCUAGCGACGAGGCAAAUUAUGUGAGUGGGCUCAACCUUUUGGUGGAUGGAGGGUAUAGUGUGGUCAAUCCUAGCAUGAUGAAGCUUCAAAGCUCAUUUAUGAAUAUUUAAUAAAAGACGAGUUCUUCAUCUCUUUACAGACUACUGAUCGAUGGUUGGAUUUGGUGUCUUCUACCAACCACUGAUGGUCGUGAUGGUAACCAUGAUGCGUUUUGUUCCGUUUAUAGAAUCUUGCCAUUUAUUACAUCUUUUAUUGGCUAUUUAAGUUCGCUUGAUGAGCCGGGUCAUUUAUUUGACCCAUUCUCAACUGUUUUCAGAAGGCUUUGUUGCCUUUGUUUUUUAUUUUCUUGUAAUUUCCCUUUUCCCUUCCUCCACUUUGAAUGGAAAAAAAUAAUAAAACUCCGAACUUUCAUCGUUU